CUUUCCGCCUCCCCAGGCUGCCUGGGAGGUGGGAGCUGGGUUAUGGUGGCCUGAGCAGCCGACGCAGCCGCAGGCGCCCGGAGCCUCUGCCCCGACCACGCCGCCCAACCCACUGGGAGGACCAGAAGAGGAGCAGCGAUCAAGCUGCCAUGCCAGCCCCUCCCAGCCCCUCGAGGGGCCUGAGCCCUCCGCUGGGGCUGGCCACCGCCAUCCAGAUGUAGCCGGUCUCUGGCUCUUCUCUCCUGCUCUGCGGAUUUCUCCUGCCUGUUCUCCAGUGCCUGAACCCAGGGACCGGCUGAGGGGUCGUAUAGGCUCUGCAGACCUGAUGUCUCCAAGGCCCCUCUCCUGAGAAGCCACCAGCAUCACCCAGACUUGGGAACACGCAACAGGGACAGGUGUGGGCCCUAGCAAGCCCUGAAGACCAGGGCCCACCAUGGCCCCAGCCCUGCCCUGGCUCCUGCUGUGGAUGGGCUCCGGCGUGUUCCCUACUCAUGGCACCCAGCAUGGCAUCCGGCUGCCCCUGCGCAGUGGCCUUGGGGGAGCCCCCCUGGGGCUCCGAUUGCCUCGGGAGACCGAGGAGGACCCAGAGGAGCCAAGCCGGAGGGGCAGCUUUGUGGACAUGGUCGACAACCUGCGGGGCAAGUCGGGUCAGGGCUACUAUGUGGAGAUGACCGUGGGCAGCCCUCCACAAACGCUCAACAUCCUGGUGGACACAGGCAGCAGCAACUUCGCAGUAGGGGCCGCCCCGCACCCCUUCCUGCAUCGCUACUACCAGAGGCAGCUGUCCAGCACAUACCGGGACCUCCGCAAGGGUGUAUAUGUGCCCUACACCCAGGGCAAGUGGGAAGGGGAGUUGGGCACUGACCUGGUGAGCAUCCCUCAUGGCCCCAACGUCACUGUGCGUGCCAACAUUGCUGCCAUUACGGAAUCGGACAAGUUCUUCAUCAACGGCUCCAACUGGGAGGGCAUCCUAGGGCUGGCCUAUGCUGAGAUCGCCAGGCCUGAUGACUCCCUGGAGCCCUUCUUCGACUCGCUGGUAAAGCAGACCCAUGUUCCCAACCUCUUCUCCUUGCAGCUCUGUGGUGCUGGCUUCCCCCUCAACCAGUCCGAGGUGCUAGCCUCAGUUGGAGGCAGCAUGAUCAUUGGGGGAAUUGACCACUCGCUGUACACGGGCAGCCUCUGGUACACUCCCAUCCGGCGGGAAUGGUAUUAUGAGGUAAUCAUUGUGCGGGUAGAGAUCAAUGGACAAGAUCUGAAAAUGGACUGCAAGGAGUACAAUUACGACAAGAGCAUUGUGGACAGCGGCACCACCAACCUCCGACUGCCCAAGAAAGUGUUUGAAGCUGCAGUAAAAUCGAUCAAGGCAGCCUCCUCGACGGAGAAGUUUCCAGAUGGUUUCUGGCUAGGGGAGCAGCUUGUGUGCUGGCAAGCAGGCACUACCCCUUGGAACAUUUUCCCAGUCAUCUCCCUCUACCUCAUGGGUGAGGUCACCAAUCAGUCCUUCCGCAUCACGAUCCUUCCACAGCAAUACCUGCGGCCAGUGGAAGAUGUGGCCACAUCCCAAGACGACUGUUACAAGUUUGCCAUCUCACAGUCAUCAACCGGGACUGUCAUGGGAGCUGUCAUCAUGGAGGGCUUCUAUGUUGUUUUUGAUCGAGCCCGAAAACGAAUUGGCUUUGCUGUCAGCGCUUGUCAUGUGCACGACGAGUUCAGGACAGCCGCAGUGGAAGGCCCUUUUGUCACCCUGGACAUGGAAGACUGUGGCUACAACAUUCCACAGACAGACGAAUCAACCCUCAUGACCAUAGCCUACGUCAUGGCUGCCAUCUGCGCUCUCUUCAUGCUGCCCCUCUGCCUCAUGGUGUGUCAGUGGCGCUGCCUCCGCUGCCUGCGCCAUCAGCAUGACGACUUUGCUGAUGACAUCUCCCUACUAAAGUGAGGAGCAGUAGGGGGCGGAAGACAAAGAUUCCCCUAGACCACAUCUGGGUGGUUCACUUUGGUCACAAGUAGGAGACACAGAUGCCAUCUGUGGCUGGAGCACCUCAGGACCCUCAUCUACCCACCGAAUGCCUCUGCCGACAGAAAAGAAGGAAAGGUGGUGAGGUGGGUUAUAGGACGGCGCCUGUAAGAAACAGGAAAGGGAAGAAAGAAGCAUCCUCGUGGCGAGAAUACUUUUGGUCACCUCAUGGCUUAGUUGGAAAAUCCUGCUGCUUCAAACUUCAGCCCUGAAACCUCUGCCUACCAUCCCUUUAGAUUUUCCAACAACACACAGUAUUCUCCUUUUUUAGUUCCAGAAGUACUGGUCUCACACCCAGGUCACCCCAGUGUGUAUCCCUGUGGUACCCUGGCAGAAAAAAAGCCAAGCUUCUUUUCCUGAAGGACAAAAUGCAAAGUUUGCAAUUUGCUUUAGAUAUAGGGACUGUAUAAAUAAGCCUAACACUGGUGCAAAGACUGCCUCUCGAAUUAAAAAUUUACUAGAUUGAAGAUGUGCAUACUUGAGGGUGGUCUGAGGAGAGGACAAGGAGUGCAAACACAGGAACAGUUGAGAUCACAGCUAGAAAAGACAGAAGCAUCCAUCACCACUUGCCAGUCCCAGUUGUAGACCUUAUCUCCAAGAUAGACUCCCAUCUUGUAAGAUGGGUGUUGCUUUCCAGUGUUUUCUGUGAUUGCAGUCUGACUAAAAGCAAGAAGGGAAGAAGGGCUUAUCUGGCCAAAGAGCUUUUUUGUUGUUGUUGUUGUUUUCGCUCUUAAGAGGAAAGUGCCCAUUAAGAAGUUCUGCUCAGCAAAUCAGUUCUUACCUUCUAAUGCCAUCUGCCUGCCUGAAUCUUCAUUUCACAGAUGACAGGUAGCACUGAAAAAUCCCAACCCCCUAGGUCUCACUCAGGUGCCCUCUUGGAGAGAAGCUGGAACACAGCAGAGCUGGGCUCUUUCUGGUCACAGUUCACUUCUUUCCUCAAAGCCCAGUUCCUUGGGAGUUUUGCAGCUAAGGUGCUAAAGGAAUAGACGGGAGCUCUCUCCUGCCUGGCCCCUGAAUGUAAGAUCCUAGGGACUCCCCAACAGGUGUAGAGCUGGCAACCUACACCUCUUCCUGGAUUUCUCACUGCUAAGUUCUAAGAAGGCAAAAGGUCUUUACGGAAUCCAGAGUGGUUUCAUUACUUUUUUGCCCUCUCUCGUGGGUCCUUUAUUUAUUUGACUAUGGCUACACAUACUGGCAAGUAUUAUCCCCAGAAUGUCAGAAAUGCAGGGGAUUCUGGCUCUCAUAUUACUGUAUUCUCAGUAUAAAGGCUGCUGGAGAAAGAAUGACAGCCCCAGUGAUUCCCCAUUUCCUUCACUAAAAGGGUUCCUUGAUGAAGCCAUCCUUUUUUCUGUGUUGCUCUCUAUUCCCCAUUCCUACUAGUAUGUGGGUACCCAGGCUGGUUCUUGGGCUAUAUAGUGGAGACCAAGUUCAUUUCCUCCCCAUCAGUUCCAACACAGCAGACUAUGACACCACUAUUUGUGGGAAGAACUGAAUUUUGCUGGUGCAUCCACUGCAUCCUACUCCUAUUUUAUGCUCACUGCAAGGUUCCACAAAUGGGACCUUGUAAAAUAUGGAAUUAUCUGGUGAGGGAAAGCAAAAUACCAGUUGGGCCUUUGCAGUUCCAGGCCUCAGCCACAAGCCAUAAACCAAUAAAACAAGAAUACUGAGUCACAGUUUUUUAUCUGGAUUCUCUUCAUUCCCACCACACUUGGUGCUGCCUUGACUGACGGGAAACACCCUGUAACUACAAAGACUGACAGAAACCUGGAGACUGUCCAUUUCCAUCUGGAAUUUACUGUGUAAAUAAAUGUCCAGAACUGCUACCGUGAAAA